AAAAUAAUAUAGACUUGAGGCAGUUAGGGAGUAACCCAAUCUAUUGAUAUUUUGCUUUGGAAAAUCUCUCAGCCCGCCAAAGAGGACACACUGAAUCCCCCCGUUAGUCUCUGUGCUGUUCCUUCAUCUUCCCUUUCUUCUCCUCCAUGUAUGGCUGCUCUUCCUUUUCCCCUUCCCACUAAUCCCCUCCCUUCUCUCUACACUCCCAGAAAACUCCACAACUCAUCUACCUAUUUCGCGAGCUUGAAUCAAAUUGCUGGAAAUGUUCAAAUCUCUUAUAAAUCUUAUCUCAACCAGAUAUCUUCUCUCUGCAAACAAGGCCAUCUUCCAGAAGCCCUGGACUUGGUUACUGAUCUGGAAUUGGCAGACAUCACAAUCGGACCUGAUGUUUACGGUGAACUCCUUCAGGGUUGCGUUUACGAGAGAGCUCUUUCGUUGGGUCAGCAAAUUCACGGCCGGAUUCUCAAGAAUGGUGAGUACAUUGCAAAGAAUGAGUACAUCGAGACCAAAUUAGUGAUCUUCUAUUCAAAAUGUGACGAGUCAGAAACUGCCAACCGUUUGUUUGACAAGCUGCAGGUACAGAAUGAGUUUUCUUGGGCUGCUAUUAUGGGAUUGAAAAGUAGAAUGCGGUUUAAUGAAGAAGCUUUGAUGGGUUUUCGUGAGAUGCACGAAUAUGGGCUAAUUCUUGAUAAUUUUGUUAUUCCAAUUGCUUUGAAGGCUUCUGGUGCUCUUCGGUGGAUUGGGUUUGGGAAAUCCGUACACGGUUAUGUAGUUAAGAUGGGUCUAGGUGUGUGUAUCUAUGUUGCUAGUAGUCUUCUGGAUAUGUAUGGUAAAUGCGGGUUGUGUGGAGAUGCAAAGAAGGUGUUUGAUAAAAUUCCCGAGAAGAAUAUAGUAGCUUGGAAUUCAAUGAUUGUUAGUUUUACACAGAAUGGACGGAAUGCAGAAGCAAUUGAGACAUUUUACGAGAUGAGGGUGGAAGGUGUUGCACCUACUCAAGUGACUCUGUCAAGUUUUCUUUCAGCUUCAGCUAACUUAGGUGUGAUCGUUGAGGGUAAGCAGGGGCAUGCCUUAGCAGUGUUAUCUGGACUGGAAUUGACUAACAUUUUGGGUAGUUCGCUUAUAAAUUUUUAUUCCAAGGUUGGUUUGGUUGAGAAUGCCGAGCUGGUUUUCAGUGAAAUGUUGGAGAAAGAUACAGUGACAUGGAAUUUGCUGGUCUCUGGUUAUGUACAUAACGGGCUGGUUGAUCGGGCACUUGGCUUAUGUCACGUAAUGCAAUCAGAAAACUUGAGGUUUGAUUCUGUAACUCUUGCUUCAAUAAUGGCUGCGGCUGCUGACUCUAGAAAUUUGAAACUAGGGAAGGAAGGACAUUCUUUUUGUGUUAGAAACAACCUUGAAUCUGAUGUUGCUGUUGCAAGUAGCAUAAUAGAUAUGUAUGCCAAAUGUGAAAACUUGGAAUGUGCAAGACGAGUUUUUAAUGCAAUGAUAAAGAGAGACCUUAUAAUGUGGAAUACUUUGUUGGCUGCCUAUGCUGAGCAGGGUCAUAGUGGUGAAACAUUAAAAUUGUUUUAUCAGAUGCAGCUAGAAGGUCUGCCACCAAAUGUGAUAUCCUGGAACUCUGUGAUUUUAGGUCUUUUGAAUAAAGGUGAAGUUGACAAGGCUAAAGACAUGUUCAUGGAGAUGCAGUCUCUUGGUAUCUGUCCUAAUUUAAUUACUUGGACUACUCUCAUUUGUGGACUUGCUCAGAAUGGUCUUGGUGAUGAAGCAUUUCUGACAUUUCAGUCGAUGGAAGAAGCUGGCAUUAAACCCAACAGUUUGAGUAUUAGCUCCCUACUUUCAGCUUGCUCAACUAUGGCAUCUCUGCCUCAUGGAAGAGCAAUUCAUUGUUACAUCACAAGACGUGAACUUUCAGUAUCAACACCAGUCUUAUGCUCCUUAGUGAACAUGUACGCUAAAUGUGGUAGUAUAAAUCAAGCAAAGAGGGUGUUUGAUAUGAUAUUGAAAAAGGAACUACCCGUCUAUAAUGCAAUGAUCUCUGGCUAUGCAUUACACGGUCAAGCAGCGGAAGCUCUUUCACUCUUUAGACGUCUAAAAGAGGAAUAUAUAAAACCAGAUGAAAUAACCUUUACUAGCAUACUUUCUGCAUGCAGUCAUGCUGGGCUUGUAAGAGAAGGGUUAGAGCUUUUCAUCGAUAUGGUUUCUAAUCAUAAAAUAGUAGCACAAGCAGAGCAUUAUGGUUGUCUCGUUAGUAUUCUUUCUAGGAGUCAUAAUUUAGAUGAAGCUUUAAGACUAAUUUUAGGUAUGCCUUUUGAGCCUGAUGCAUUCAUAUUUGGAUCCCUACUUACUGCAUGUAGAGAACAUCCUGACUUUGAACUCAAAGAACAUUUAUUUGAACGCUUGUUGAAAUUAGAGCCAGAUAAUUCAGGAAACUAUGUGGCAUUAUCAAAUGCAUAUGCUGCUACUGGAAUGUGGGAUGAAGCAUUGAAAGUGAGGGGUCUGAUGAAAGAAAGGAGCCUAAGGAAGAUUCCUGGGCAUAGCUUGAUUCAAAUUGGAAACAAAACACAUGUGUUUUUUGCUGGAGAUAAAUCACACUCCAGAACAAAAGAAAUUUACAUGACGUUGGCACUACUCAGAAUGGAAAUGCAAUCUACGAGGUGUAUAUCUGUGAUCAGUUGAGCUGCUAUCUACCAUUUCCGUUCUUGAGAAUGAGGAAGUCAUAUCUGUUCUGGUUGAUGCAGUUGCUUUUUGCGUUGGACAAAUAUAGAAAAUAGUGAUGGUUUAAACGAUUAAAGGCCUCGCUGGACUUGGAACAGCUGCAAAAUAUCAUUUACCCUAACUUACAGCAACACUUUGACGACCUGUGCAUGGCUUGGAAAAUAUACUCUGAAUAUUGAAUUAUCUGAAAAAUAGAGUAUUGGUUUUUGAACUGUUAUUCCUUUUGGACGGCUAGAAAUGCUCUACCUAGUUUAGGAGUCGGCACUCCUGUUUAGUGAUUUGAAACCUCUUGAUUUGUUUUCACCUGUGACAGAAAGAGAAAUCUAGGAACAAAUACACUAAUUCCAAUAUGAGUCCCUCAUUGAAUAAACUUGAGUUGAUUAGCAACUAUGGAGUUCAAGACAUCGUGUACAAUGCUCAAGAAACCCAUUUGUCAUUGCCUAUAGUGACAACCAAUGCAGAGAAGCAGUGGUGUAGAGUUCUGAUGAAAUAUGUAAAUGAGUUGUACGACGUCAAACUCAGGUUCUUGGUCUCUUUUGUAAAGCCUGUAGAUGAUCUGAUUCUUUUACUGUAUAUCAUUCAAAUCCUCUUCCAAUUGAAUAGUCCACUAGAAGCACAACUUUGCUUGGUCUCUACUACAAAUAUACGCAAACAUGCGAGAUGGAAUGGCCAUAACAUACUUUCUCGGUCGCUUCUAUUUGGUUCAAGAUCCUCAAGAUCUACACAUUGAAAUUUUCAAAUAAACAGUUAGCUCUA